CUCAUUUCACAGAAGAAAUAUUUUUCUUUUCGGAAGAAGAUCCCGACAAAGCGGCCCUAUUUCUUUUCAGCCAGAAAAAGUCGAAGAAUCCGAAAACCAACGAUGUACGCCAGAACAAACACCGGCAGCACACACGGAGACUUUCAAGAUAGAAACGGAGUAAAUUAUGUGACAUCGACAGAGUCCUUCGGUCACUGCUCUCAAUUGUUCUGGAAAAAGGAUCCCAACGACUCCGGACCGAGUUCGACCAUCAGCUGGUGCGAUCAGCUCCCCACGUCCUCAGCAGCCCUCUCCAGCUCCAGUCUCUCCUCAACGUCACUCUCCAGCUCCAGUCUCUCCAUGGAGUCCCGAGCGCCGGCACCGGCGACAACGGCGUCAGACGACAUGGAGUCAGACGAGAGACCGUACGUGUGCGACCUGUGCAGCUGUGCCUACAAGCAUGCCAGCUCCCUGCUCAACCACAAGCUCACCCACAAAACUGGAGACUUCAGGUGCGACUUCUGCAGCAAGCCCUACACCAACUACAUGUCCCUGCGCAACCACAUGCGAAUCCACGGUCAGAAGCGCUACAUGUGUGACUUGUGUGGGAAGGCCUUCCGUCUGGCCCGGUACCUACGUAACCACCAGAGGAUCCAUGACGACGGGCCCAACCGCUUCGACUGUCCCUCCUGCUGCAAGAGCUACAGGACCAUGCUGGAGCUGGCCCAGCAUCGCUGCACUGCCGCUGUGUCCAACCAGAACCGGUUCAACUGCCCGUCCUGCUUUAAGAGCUACCGAACCAUGCUGGACCUGGCCCAGCACCGGUGCAGCGCUGCGACCAAAAACCAGUCUGGCGGCCGUCGUUCCAAUUUCUCCGCCAAUCCUCGCCGUCAGCAACAGCAGCAGCAGAACAGUGCUAACUCCAUGAUGCAACCGCAGCAUGGAGGACACGGCCAGCAGGAUCCUCUGCCCUCCCACUGCGUGUCGCCAAUGUCUCAGGGAGGGCAGGGCGGCAGCCAGUCUGUGCCUGACCCCCACCAGGGCCGUCCCAGCUCAGUGUCCUCCCAGAGCAGCCAGCAGAGCAUGAGGAGCUCGUCCUCCAACAAACACGUCUCCUCCUCCAGCGCCACCCCAUCCUCCUCCUACUCCCUGCUCCAGCCCCUGGUGCCUGAGGUAAAGGAGAUGAGCUCGGGAUACACUAGGCUGAGCGCCAACCCCAUGAUGCAGACAAGUUCAAAGAAGGGUUGGAACAUCAACAUGUUGACAGGCGUUAGGCAGCAACAACCUCCGAGCAGCAACCCGCAUGAUGAAAUGACUAAAUUUGCAUGGUGCCUUCACACCGUCGACCCGAAGCACCAGGACACUUUCUCUCUGGCCCCCCAGCGGCCCCUAACCACCAUCAACCCCAUUGGCCACUCCCUUCAUCCGAACGGAGCACCCACGCUCAAGCCUUCCCCUGUGCCACGCACCAUCCAGGCCAUGCCCUGGGAACAGCGCUCCCUCUACAAUCAAUGAGACCCCCCCCCUCCCCAGGAAUCAAUCACCCCACCUUCACGUCGCAUCCACCACCACCCCUACACAUCCUCCUCCACCUCCUCCUCCCCACCCCUUUUUGGAUCCAGCAUCAAGGACGGAGGACUUUGGAGGCCCCUCCACACCUCACCCCUCCUUCGGAACAUUGUGUUUGGGAUCAGGGAAGGGCACUAUUGAGAACUAGUUGAGAUUGAUUACUGAGUAGUUAGGUUAAAAAAAUGUGUUGCCUUGACCCUAAUGUAUGAUCUAUGCCAUGUACUUGAUAUAAGUUAAAAUGUCCCCACACCAAGAAUUUAUCUCCCCCUCCUUCUCUCCCACUCUAGUUAUGAAAAUAUCUAUCCUUCCCAUUAUGAAUAGUGUCUCUCCUCACCCCCUCCCCCCUUUAUCCAUAUGUUAAAUGAAACAAAAGGCUAUUUUUUAUCAAGAGUGUGUUUCCAACCCUGAACCCCAAAGUUGUCAAAGUAAAUGUGACAAAAAGUCCCUUCAGUUUGAUAUGUUUUUGAACAUAAAACCCAAUUUUGUUUUUGUAAAAUGAGGCUUCUGGAAAGUAAAGGGAAAGGGGGAAACAUGAACUUUUUUUUUAAUUUUAUUUUUUUUUACGUACCCCUUUAACAUGCUCCAGAAUGAACAUUGUGUAUAUUGUACGUUAGGAGGUGUCAUGACUAUUUCAGAAAGUUGUUUCCGUUCUAUUUGACGUUACAGCACCCACACCUCUCGUCUCUGAGCACCAACAGCAAGGACCACGACUGACAACUGUUGUUCAGCAAAAAAAAAAAACAUGUUUUGACAGUAUACGUGCCAGUUUGGCUUCUCUGUGUUUGUGAAGACUGAAGCCCCGCUGUUGAAAAGGACCUCUUCGCCAACCAGCCACGGAUAUAAGGACAGUUUGGUGCGGUUUCCUUCUUUCAAUACACAACUGAGAGCUCAACUUCCUGGUGGCAUGUCGACACUGUCGUUUUAAUAAUAUAAAGAUAACAGGACAUGGCUGUGUCCCGAUUCAGGGGCCGCAUCCUUCAGAGGACGCCGUCUUAGACCGUGAAGACCGAACCAAAAUGAGAUGGUCUGGUCUAUGCAGGAUUUUUGCUGUGCAUCACCAGCUGUGCCCGCCCUAACUCUUAAGGUCGCCUAGCAACCUUGACGACGUCUUUUUUUUUUUUUUUUUUUUUUUUUUUUUUUUUACAAUAACUUGAGGUUUUAAGGCCCUUGGUUUUAACAGUUGUACCAUUAGCUGUUGAACUGAGCUGAAACCCAAUAUUUAAAAGUGUAAUCCUCAGGCUCUCUGUCAGUGUUUUUUGACUUCAUUACCAGCACGCAAUGAAUCUUGGGAUAGGUUGGGCCACAAAGAAUCCACCUGUUGGAGCCUUCAUUGCCCAGGAAAAGAAGGCUGCAAUUGAAGGAGCCUUCGAAAUGGGACAGUGUAGUUGCACCACUGCAACGCAGUCGGACUUCCAACACAGCCUCUGAAGGAUGCAGCCCCUGAACUGGGAAACAGCUCACGUCUCCACCCCACCCCACUCCCCCCCUUUUUUUUUCCACCCUAACUGACCAUUAACAUGUUUGUUCCUUUCACUUUGAAGCACUUUAAGACAAGUGCUGUAUUACUUUUGUCUCCGCCACCCACCCCCAUCCUUUACCUAGAGCUGUGUCGGCUAAAAAGAUGUAACUUUGCCUUACAUCAAACCAUCACCCCCCCCCCCCCCAUCAGAACUCCACUCACAUGAUCACCAGUGACUUAGCAGCAGAACUGGGCCUAGUUUGUGCCCAUAACAUGGCUGCAACUGCAGUGGCCAAAAAACAGUAGGUCUGCAGCUCCACCCAACUCCACCCCUCCCCUCGGCUCCAACACACCCUCCAGUGUUGCUUUUCUUGUAGAAAGAAAAACCGUUAAGGCUGCAUCUCACUGCUCCCAGGACGGAUUCAGUUAACACCUACCUGCAGGGUGUUUCAAUAAGCAGCCAAUCACGGUUGGCCGGAUAAAUCCAAGUGUUUUGUAAACAGUCAAUUUGAUGAAUAACAGUUAAAUCAUGGAUCCAGUAGGUAGUUACAUUAGGUUAUCUUGCUAACAUGGUGCUCAUUGAAAUACCCACAAUUCUACUGACAUUGUAUUUUCUCUUUUAAAAGUUGUUUCUAUUUUUAUUCAUGACAUGUUUUCAUUGUUGCUUUCUCUCUCCUUGUAAAGUGUCUUUGAGUAUUUAGAAAAGUGCUAUACAAAUAAAAUGUUUUAUCAUUAUCA